AUGGCGUCCGCUACCGAUUCCCGCUAUGGGCAGAAGGAAUCCUCGGACCAGAACUUUGACUACAUGUUCAAGAUCCUGAUCAUCGGCAACAGCAGCGUGGGGAAAACCUCCUUCCUCUUCCGGUACGCCGACGACUCCUUCACGCCUGCCUUCGUCAGCACCGUCGGCAUCGACUUCAAGGUCAAGACCAUCUACCGGAAUGACAAGCGCAUCAAGCUGCAGAUCUGGGACACAGCCGGCCAGGAGCGGUACCGCACCAUCACCACCGCCUACUACCGCGGCGCCAUGGGCUUCAUCCUGAUGUACGACAUCACCAACGAGGAGUCCUUCAACGCUGUGCAGGACUGGUCCACCCAGAUCAAGACCUACUCCUGGGACAACGCCCAGGUCCUGCUGGUGGGGAACAAAUGUGACAUGGAGGACGAGCGCGUCGUCUCCUCGGAGAAGGGCCGCCAGCUCGCCGAGCACCUGGGUUUUGAGUUUUUCGAGGCCAGCGCCAAGGACAACAUCAACGUCAAGCAGACCUUCGAGCGGCUGUACCGUGCUUCUGUGGAGACUGUGAAUAAGUGGAUAUUCCUGUAG